CUGAAAGAGCUCGGGCUGGUCGGACGGGACGCUCGAUAUAAGUCCUGCAGAAAACUUCAGAGGGGGCAAAGUCCAGCCCGGGCGAGAGGGAGAUAGGGUGGAACUUGCGAGCGCGCUGGGAACUAAAUCACAUGUGAUUUUUUACAGAAAUGCUCCAAAGAUGGCGGUGGUAGUAGCGACAGGAGUUCCGAUUGGCUCCGGAGUGCAAAAAAGUGGAUUUGUGGAGGUUUUGGUGCGAGAGCAGUGGCACAAAGUUUUGGUCAACUUGAACGAGGAAGCGCUCACGUUAAGCUGUGAGAGCAACGUUAACGAGAGUGUCGAUGACAAUGUCAACUCUAACGGCGUUACCAACGGAUCUUACCAUGACAACAGUAAUACCAACUCCAACAAUGGCCCCCAAACUGUGCGCACCGCGUUCACGGACCUCCCGGAGCGGGUACCCGAAGCGAUCGCCAACAAAAAGCGGUGCGUCAAGGUGACCAAGCAGGAAGUCGGGGGACUUGGGAUUAGCAUCAAAGGAGGGAAGGAGAAUAAGAUGCCCAUCCUCAUAAGUAAAAUAUUCAAGGGGCUCGCUGCGGACCAGACCCAGUCUCUGUAUGUGGGGGACGCGAUCCUGUCCGUGAACGGUAUGAACCUGCGGGACGCGACCCACGACGAGGCUGUGCAGGCGCUGAAACGAGCCGGGAAAGAGGUGACUCUGGAAGUCAAGUAUAUGCGUGAGGCCACACCAUAUGUCAAAAAGGGCUCUCCUGUGUCAGAGAUCGGCUGGGAGACGCCUCCUCCCGAGUCCCCCCGUCUCAGCAGCCCUCCCGUCACCUCCUCACCUGAAACUCCAAGUCCUACGAUUCAGCACUCCUUGUCUCUGAACGGUGACAGGAGGUGCAUACCACUGAAGAUGUGUUAUGUAACCCGAGCCAUGACCACACCAGACCCUGAGAACAGACAACUAGAGCUACACUCUCCUGAUGUCAGGCACACUGUGGUGCUGCGUUGCCCAGACCAACCAUCUGCCCUGUCGUGGUUCUCCGCCAUGCACUCUGUCACAUCAGCACUGGCACAGCGGGUGCUGCAAGAGGUUAUCCAAAACACAGCCAGGGCAGGAGUUGCUGGCAGCAAAGAGAUACGACACCUAGGAUGGCUUGCAGGCAAGACAGAGAGUGAGAAGCAGUGCUGGAAGCCGGUGCUGGUGGUGGUGACAGAAAAGGACCUGCUGCUAUAUGACUGCUUACCACGAGGCCAGGAGGCCUGGCAGAGCCCUACACACACUUACCCACUUUUAGCAACGCGUCUGGUCCACUCAGGCCCUGACCGGGGGUCGCCGCACUCUGGCACAGAGCUGUUCUUUGCCACUCGGACUGGCACACGACUUGGCAUUGAGACUCACCUGUUCCGGACUGAGACCACCAAGGACCUGUCCCUGUGGACCAGACACAUUGUGAAUGGAUGUCACGCAUCAGCUGAGAUGAUCAAAGAAGUCUCUACGAGUUGUCUGUACCGGGGUCAGGAGUGUCGGCUGGCGAUCCACUAUGAGAGGGGCUUCUCUGUGCUGGCUGACCCGAAAGCAGAAGGUGGGGAGGACUUUGAGGAGAGAGUAGCUCGCACUACUAGCAAGCCCCAAGUUCUCCUCUCUUACCCCUUUGAAAAACUAAAGAUGUCUUCAGAUGACGGAGUACGCAUGCUGUUCCUCGACUUUGGGGGGAAGGAAGGGGAAAUUCAAUUGGACCUCCACUCGUGUCCAAAGCCGAUCGUCUUCAUCCUCCACUCUUUCCUCUCUGCUAAGAUCUCCCGCCUGGGUCUGGUAGCUUGAUGGCAUCUCCACAAAGGGACAUGUAAACUUCUUUGAAAGCAGAACUCCACCUCGUCUGUCCGCCUAUCUGCAGCCUGCAUGCAGUAAAACCACCUCAAACUCCUUCAGUCGGAAACCCGAGCUGAGCGAAUGUAGCCUCUAUCUGGAAAUCAAACUCUGUAUGGAGUCUCCAACUCUAUGUUUAAGAAAAAAAAAUUAAGAAAGAGAUCAAAGUGAAAAUGUGCUCUUAACAGACUCUCUGUAAUGGCUGCAUGGACUGAAAUGUUGAUUGAAGAAGCACGGAGGAAAGUUCAGACUGGCCUAGAUACAGAAGGAUGACAUAAGGACGUAUGGAAAGGAGAAUAUCGGGCAUUGCUGUCACGUUCGGAUUUGGAAGGAUUGUCCACGUGUAGCAGGCCUGGGAUGAAUUCACUUUCCAUUCAAUCAAAAUACCGGGCAAACUGCCUUCCAUUUACCAAUUAAAUAAUUUAUUUACCAUUAGCUCUGAAA